UUAUAAGAAGAAGAAAGCCCUGUCUAAUUCAUCAUCAGCAAUACAUAGAAUAGAACCAACACAAGCAAACUCAAAAUCAACAAUGUCGACAAAGUCUAGCACUACUGUCCUUGCCUUUGCCUUUUGUUUCGUGUCCCUCCUUAGUUUCGCUUACUCCAACACCACCGACGACAAAAUCUACCUCACCGGCCUGGUCUACUGUGACAACUGCCAAUUGAAGUCUAUGACCGAGAUCAGUAAGAUGAUUCCAGGUGCAAGGGUGCGAUUGGAGUGUAGGGAGGGGGGGAACAUAAAAUCCAGACGAGAGGGCGAAACCAACCCGCUUGGAAUGUACGUGUUUGUGUUGGAAAAAUCUAAGGAGCCUUUGGAUGAUUGUCAAGUGACAGUGUUACACAGCCCUGACCCUGAAUGCAAGAUUUCCAAUGAGGUCGACCCUAACAACAAAUCAAAAACUGCGCCGGUGGCCACCCGGAAGCUCAACCUAUUGGAAGGAGACAGCGUCGUUUUCAUCGGGCCAAGCCACCGUGUUUCCUACCCUCUUGGUUUGGUCGUUGAGAAAGCUCGUCCUGAGUGCAAGCAGUUCGCCCAAGCACGCAAGCAUUUUCAGAACUAAUUUAAGGGAUUGAAGACGAAAUGAAGGCGAAAACUGUCUGAUAUUAAAUCAAUUUCCAAUUUCAGUGAAUUUUUCUUUUUCAUUGCAAAGAUAGAUAAAUUUUGGUUUAAAAAAUCAACAGUUAUGAUUAUGAUAUAUGCUCGGUUAUGAUUCGUGAAUUCACAACUAGUAUAAACAAAGAAGUGUAAUUAG